AUGGGUUGGUUUGCUUCAUUCCUCUACUCACAGCUAUUUGUCAAUCUGCCUGCGCCCACUAAGGAUUUCACCGGCCAAACAAUCAUAGUAACCGGCUCGAACACUGGUCUUGGACUCGAAGCAGCCCGACACCUCUGCCACCUCAACGCCACAUUCAUCAUCCUUGCUGUCCGUAACCAAGCCAAGGGCGAACUAGCAAAGCAGUCUAUCCUCGCAAGGACUGGCAAUUCCAACACCAGGAUUGAGGUAUGGGACCUUGACAUGCAGUCGUACGACUCCAUCAGAACGUUUUGCACCAGAGCCAACGACCUUCCUCGACUUGAUGCUGUGCUAGAGAAUGCAGGCAUAAUGACUAAAUACUUCAAGAUGGUGGCGGGGUAUGAGUCAACCAUCACCACAAACGUCAUUGGCACCUUCCUCCUGGCCAUUGGCUUAUUACCAAAGCUGAGGCAGUCAGCCGCGAGAUACAAAAUGCAAGCAAGACUUUCCAUCGUGGCCUCCGAUUUGCAUUUCAUUGCCAAAUUUGCAGAAGGUCUGGACAAGGAUAUUUUCGCGGCUUUGAACGAUGAGAAGAAGUCAGAGAUUGGCAUGGAAAGAUAUGCUAUAUCAAAGCUACUUCAAGUCUUCGUUGUGCGCGAGCUUGCCUCCCGCAUCACUCAUGAUCCCAAGUCGUCAUCGCCGAGUGUGAUCAUCAACUGCAUGACGCCUGGAGCUUGUAGGUCGGACUUUGACCGCGAAUCUACAGGCGUUGGGAGAAUUAUGAGCAUUUUCAUGAAUAUGUUAAUUGCACGCACUACAGAAGCAGGAAGUAGAACCCUUGUGGCUGGGCUCGCUGCUAGUGAGGAAAGCCACGGGAAGUACAUGGCUGAUUGCCGAGUUGCCGAGCCAGGUUCCAUGGUUCGAGGCUCUGACGGAGUGGCUCUGCAGCAGAAAAUUUGGGAUCAGCUUGUUCAUCAAUUGGAGGCUAUUCAACCUGGUAUUUCUCAAAACAUUUCACUUCAAAGCAGUGUGUAG